ACUAACAAGCUAAAAUCCAAACAAACUACAUCCUCUGGGCUGAGUCCUUUCCUCUGUUUCGAUGUAAACUUUGGGCGUAUAAGUAGGAAAAGAACAUGUAAAUUUCUGUAGUUUCGAUGUAUUCAUGAUGUCUCUAUCUUGAUUUUGGACAACAUAGUAAGAGAAAUGCAAGCUAGAAUGCCAACUGUUGUCUGGCAAUCGGCAUUACCAAUGCCCUUGCUACUUCUACGACCUUUUGUUCUGUUCUUAACUUCUUAUUCUUGUUUUUUCGAGGUGUAUUCUUUCUUCCAAAUCAACCUAAAAGCCAACUUGCAUUUCCUCUUCUUCCUUUUCUCCUCCUCUUGUGAAAUUUUAGAAUAAAAAAAUAAUAAUUGAAACAUAGUGAGGAAAGGGCCUUAUCUAUAGAAAUGGAUUGCGGUGUUUCAGUCAGCAAAUCACCAAACUCAUCAACGAAAAUCGAUACAGACAAGGUUUCCACUUUCCAUGCCAUCUUCAAAGGAAAGUCCUGCGGAUGCAGAUAAUCGUACCAAUAGCUGGCUGGAUUCCAACCAGUCUUUCAUGGUGCCACCAGUGGUAAACUCGAAAGACAUCAGCGUUUCAGUCAAGGAAACACUAAAUUCAUCUAUGACUAUGAGCAACGAAACACACAACAUUUCUUUUCCAUCUUUUUCUGAGGAAAUUCCUGUCAUUGCAGGUAAUACAAUUUCCAAAAGCAGUUUGGAUUCUGAUCAGUCUACCACAGCUAUGCCUGUGACAAAUUCACAGUACACUGGUGUUUCAGUCAAUGAAACAUUGAAUUCAGCUAUGACAAAUGAAAUAGACAACGUUUCUAUGCUAUCUUUUUCUCAGGAAACUCCUGCCAAAUCAGAUAAGCCUGCCAUAAACAGCUUGGAUCCUGAUCUGUCUUCCAUGGAUCCGCUAGUGACCAAUUCCCAAAACACCGAUUCAAUUAAUGAAACACUGAAUUCAUCUUCAAGUGUUGAAAAGGACAAGGUUUGUAUGCUGUCUCCGUCUAGGGGAAGUCCUGUCAUUACAGAUAAUCCCAUCGACAAAAACAGUUCGGAGUCUGAUCAGUCUUUGUUGGCACCACCUUCAGCAGAUUCCCAAUACAUCAUUUUUUCCGUCAAGGAAGCGUGGAAUUCAGCCAUGACUGAUGGAACGGCCAGAGCAUCUAUGCCUUCUUCUUCUGAUGAAAGUCUGGUCAUUACAGAUGAUCAAUUGAUUGAAAAGAGCUUGGAUUCUGAUCUGUCUUCCAUGGAGCCGCUAGUGACCAAUUCUCAGGUCACCAGUGUUUCAAUCAAAGAAACUAGGGGUUCAACUUCGAGUAAUGAAAAGGACAAGGUUUGUAUGCCAUCUUCUUCGGGAAGUCCUGUCAGUACAGAUAAUCCUAUCGACGAGAAUAGUUCAGGGUCUGAUCAGUCUAUGUUAGCAUCACCUUCAACAAAUUCCCAAUACAUCAUUUUUUCAGUUGAUGAAUCGCAGAAUUCAGCCAUGGGUGAUGGAAUGGCCAAGGUGUCUAUGCCGUCUUCUUUUGAGGCAAGUUUGGUCAUUGCAGAUGAUCGUUUGGUUGAAAACAGCUUGGAUUCUGAUCAGACGUCUACGGAGCCGCUAGUGACAAAUUCUCAAGUCACCAGUGUUCCAAUCAAUGAAACACCGAGUGCAGCUUCAAGUAAUGAAAAGGAAAAGGUUUGUAUGCCAUCUUCUUCAGGAGGUCCUGUCGAUACAGAUAAUCCUAUCACCGAGAACAGUUCAGAGUCUGAUCAGUCUUUGUUAGCACCACCACCUUCAACAAAUUCCCAAGACAUCAGUGUUUCGGUCAAUGAAACACCAAAUUCAGCCAUGAGUAAUGGAACAACCAAACUAUCCAUGCCAUCUUCUGAGGAAAGUCUAGUCACUGCAGAUGAUCGAUUGGUUGAAAACAGCUUGGAUUCUGAUCAGUUUUUCAUGGUGCUUCCCGAGAGGAAGUCCCAAGACAUCGGUAUUUCAGUCAGCGAAACAUCAAACUCAUCAAGUAAUGAAACAGACAAGGUUUCUAAUCCAUCUUAUUCCACGGAAAGUCCUGUCGUUGCAGAUAAUCCAAUUGGAAAAAACAGUUUGGAUUCUGAUCAGUCUUUAACUGCACCACCGGUGACAAAAUCCCAAGAUACAGUUAGGGAAGAGAACUUCUAUGAUUGUCAAGCCUGGCUAGGAUCAGACUCUGAUGAUGAUUUCUUCAGUGUCAGAAACGACUAUAGCAAUGCUUCGAGCCGCCAAAGCAGCAUGAAGGGGUCACCCCAACCUGACGAAAUAAGCGAUUCCAAACGGGAGCCAAAUCCAACAAAGGGAGGGAAGAAACUUGUUGAUCUCAUCUAUGAUCGUAAUAGCAUGCCAGCUGCCAUCCAGGAACAGAGGGAGUCCAAACAAGAAGCUUCUCCAAAAGAUGAAAACAAGAGACUUUCUGAGCUCUUACAAGAUCCAUCGUGGAGUGACCACGCCAGUGAUCAAAAAAGCAGCACACCUGUCUUGAAGAAGACAAAACUUGUUGAGUUCUUUCAGGAUAGCCACUGGAGUCAAGAAAUUGCAUCCACUCGUGCAACACGUUUUCCUAGUACUAAAGGUGAUGGCAAACUGAGGGCAGACGUGGAGGCCAAGCAUUUAUCUCCAAGGGAUGGAACUUCAACUGUGACUACUCCCCGCAGUAGAGCUAGAUACGUUGGUGGCAAUCUUAAGCGGGAAAAUACAGCGAGAGCUACUUACUGCUGCUUUCCAAGUUGGAGCCCAAUCCGUGGCUCCCAAGGAGAAGAAAAGGCAAACCCCUCCUAGAGGUCAAAGAUACCACCUCUAGGUUCAGCUCAGUUUGCCUGACGGGAAAAUUUG